AUGCCGAGGGACGGAGGCAAUGGCAAACACUCGGCAACUGCGACAAGACGAGUAAAACGUCGCAUCGAAGAAUCGGACGGAAAUAAAGAAAAUAUGCAUCAAACACCGAAGUCAUCCCACUUCACCCCCGAGUUUCCCCUAUUCCAAGACUCCGGGACAUAUGGGCGUCCUAUUCAACGAGCAAAGGCACAUCCGCUCGAAGACGUGAUGGUUGCUGCGGCAGCUGCGCAAACUCUAUGUCCACAUAUGACGUCACUGCUUGGCGGUGCCCUGAUAAGUGUAAAAUGCAGACUAGUACAGGCCGAGACGUAUCAAUAUUGGGUUCGAGUCAGAACAAAGAGAAGGAGAUAUGAAUCAGCUGGAAGUUCGAAACAAGUUUUCCUCGGUGUUUCUUGGCUGUUGAGGAUGAUCACAUCUGGUCCGAAGGGACAGAGGACAUCCACGGGUUUCGAUAUGACGCGUCGGCCAGAAUCCGCCAGAUGCGACCAAGCAAAAAAGAAGCUGAUAUCAAACCUCGGACAGAAGGCGAUCAUAGAAGGAAGUGAGACAGUGAUUCAGACGAGCUCGGAAGCGGACGGACAUGAGCCGCUUCUGGCGGACUGCAUGACGAUAAACCGUUAUGCUUCCUCCGAGAUCUGUCAUCUACCCAUUCCUCAUUCCCCAUACAUAAGAGUAUCUUCGGUCACCACCCUUCUAGCACUUUCCAGUCUCUCCGGCGCCAAUGCAUUGGCAGAUUCUUGGUCAGGGGACGUAAGACACGCGGCCGUCUUUGCUAGAGACGAGCAUGCCCAUGCUCAUGGGCACAAUGAGCCGCUCGUAGAACUUAACGAAACGCUCAUCCUCCAGUGGCAUAAACCAACGCCACCGUCCUAUGGCACUCAUGACUUUGAGGAUCCGAAUGUAACCCACAAGUAUCCCCACCUUAUGGCUCUUCAUGGCAUUGCGUUGCGAUCAGUGAAACAUGCAUGGCACGGCGUUAGUGUCGCUGUUUUUUAUGGGCUCGUUGCAUCGGGACUGUCGUUCAGCGCAUUGUAUAGAAAGCUGACUCCAAAUUUAUACGAAAACGCAAAACACGGGCCGCACGGCUAUUUCGUGCUCUUCUGCGCCGCGACACUCACAACUAUCGACGCCCUUGCGGCACUCACUCGCACUUUCCAUUUCUUGAACAGCGUUCGUCGGGGGGAAAUUACGUUUAGCAUCAAACGUUUCUGGAGAGUGGUCGUCCUCAACAGAGAAGACGUCGAUUCUGGUUUCGUUCCGAAAAGAUUCUCGCACGAAUAUGCAGGACUCGUCCAAGAGCCGGAUGAACUUGAGAUGGAUGCUCAUGAGUUGAAAUCCGGAGACGAUGCAGUUCACAUUGAUCUUCAGGCUGGAGAAAUGAGCCCGGGAUUCAGUAGUCCUGUCAGUGAUGGUAACGCUUGGCCAAACGAAAUACACGAAAUGCGUCGCCAGCAUCGGGAACGCCAUUCUACAUGGCGACAGUCUGUUGCGUCUGAUCGCACACUCUUCCACGCCCAUCCAUCGCGUCACGGCUCUCAUCACUCUGACGAAACGCUACAUGAGUUACCACCUCAUAUUGCUGAGGUGAAGCCGCCGCUUGCUGUGCGUGUGGGCCGCGGAGUUUUUGCAACCGCGGAGCGUAUACUUGUGUUCAUGGGCUACAUGCAGUUCAUAACUGGUCUUGUGGCGUACACGGGCGUCUGCCGGGACAGUUAUGUCAAUGGUUGUUUGGCACAUCUCAUCAAGGGUGGCAUUUUCUGGUGCUACGGGCUCGUGACCUUUGCUCGCUUCCUCGGCUCAUUUGCAGAGUUAGGGUGGGCUUGGAACCGUGCGCCUCGCGCAAUUAACGCUCCUACUGCCGAGUUCGUUGAGUCGUUGGUUAUUUUCGUCUAUGGUGCCUCGAACACCUGGAUGGAACGAUUCGGUGCGAAGGCUGGUGACCCGUUCACGACGAAGGAAAUACAGCACAUCAGCAUAGCAGUGAUGUUCUGGUUCGCUGGUCUCGUUGGGAUGGGCAUUGAAUCAAAGACGUUCCGCAACUGGCUGGCUGCACAUGCUACGGCUCUUGCAGCGGAAUCGUCAGAUCAUCCUGAGGAGCUAGCUCCUCCGCCGUCCUACCGUGGAUCGUUCAAUCCAUUCCCAGCACUCACGAUCGGCGUUACAGGCUUGGCGAUGGCAGCGCAUGCACAAGUAUAUCUCUUCCAAGUACAGAUCCAUAUGCUCUGGGGACAGCUUCUGGCAGGUUUCUCGUUACUGCGGUGUCUGACCUAUUUCUUCCUCUGGCUAUCACCGCCAUCGUCGAUUCUGCCUUCUCGUCCACCCACCGAGGCACUUGGUUCUUUCUUCCUCGCAUGCGGAGGCUUGAUGUUCCAGAUGAGUCUGGAAGAACUCGACUUGGCUGCUAUGCGAAGAGGUCAUGAUGACAUGAUGAUGUUUUUGAACUUCGCUGUCGCCGUAACUUGUUUGGCAUUUUGCUGGGUCCUCUUUAUCGUGACUUUCAAGGCCUGGCUUCGUGUACGUGAGAGCAAGAAGGCCGCCGCGCGGAAAGCAGCAAUGACUGCUUGAGGCUUUUAUUACCGAGUGGUCAAAUUUAGAAGCAAGGGCUGCACCCUUUGCUAUGAGAGGAGGUUAUGAAAUUACGAAUCGCAUCAAGUGUGCUCAACACCUGAUGCUUAAUCACUGCGCUUAUUCGGAACCUGGCAUAACUUAUUGUUCCCAUGGGCCUGUCUCACAUCCUUCCUCUUCUAUUCUUUUCUUACAUCUGGUCUCUGUGUUGUUCUUCACUUGUUGCCCUUCAUCCCUGUUCACCUCUUAACAUUUUACCUUCUAUCCUUUACGUUCAUUAAUACUGAUUAUUUGUCUUUUCAAUGCCACCUUUCCCCACCUAUUCAUGUACCGUGUUUCCCUCAUUCAUGUUUCUCUGGGCGGAUCGUCGUCGGUUUCUCGUCCGUUUGUAAUUAGCUGUAUUUUUUUGCCUCCCUUGCUGUAUU